GAUAUGUGUCUAUUGUUGGUGCCGUGUGCAUCCAGUGUUUAAAUACAAUGGACGAAACAGCAGUCACAAUCAUAAUCACAAGUGUUCCUGGCUCACAACGGAGCCACAAUGUGGAAGAUAAUAGUGUUGUGCGCGAUCGUGGGCCUGGCCAGUGGGGCUACCCAGAAGGCUCUUUACAACAAUUACAAGGUCUUCAGGUUGAUUCCGACCACAGAAACGCAACUCGAAAAUCUACGGGAAUUGGAAAACGUUUAUGAUGGAUUCUCCUUCUGGGAUUCACCGAGUGUCGUGAACAAACAAGUGGACCUGAUGGUCGCUCCGCACAAGUUGCCCGAAUUCUAUGAGAAGAUGGCUCAGAUCGGCAUCCCCUAUCAAGUUCAUAUCAACGACGUCCAAGAGUUGAUUGACGAAACGACUCCUCAGAUCCAAUCAAUCGAUCAGAUCCGAUCAAAAUUGUUCGAUUUCACCAGUUAUCACACUCUCGAGGAGAUCUACAAGAACCUGGACGACCUGGCCAAACAAUACCCCGACAAGGUACAGACCGUCGUGGCCGGCAAAACGUACGAGGGCCGCCAGAUCAAAGGCGUCAAGGUCUCCUUUAAAGCCAACAGUCCCGGAAUCUUCAUCGAGGGUGGCAUUCACGCCAGGGAAUGGAUCUCGCCGGCGACCGUCAUGUACAUCCUGCAUCAAUUGCUGACCAGCAACGAGCCGGACGUCAGAGCUCUAGCCGAGAGCCACGAUUGGUACAUCUUCCCCUCGUUCAAUCCCGACGGAUACGCGUACACGCAUACUACGAACCGAUUGUGGAGAAAGACACGUAAGCCGUACGGCUACUGCAGAGGUAGCGAUCCGAACAGGAACUGGGGCUACAGAUGGAACACUGGAGGUGCUAGCAGCAACCCGUGCUCCGAGACUUAUGCCGGAAGUGCGCCAUUCUCCGACAUAGAGACGAAGAGCGCAUCCGAUUACAUCAAGUCCAUCUCCGAUAAAUUCUACGCGUACAUAUCGUUUCACAGUUAUUCGCAAAUGUUGAUGUUCCCGUAUGGUCACACGAGGGCUCAUCUUGAAAACUAUGAGGAAUUGUACGCCAUCGGCACGAAAUCGAUUACAGCUCUCAGAAAGAGAUACGGAACUUCAUACGUAACCGGAAAUAUUGCUGAGACAAUCUACAUAGCUACCGGAAGUUCUGUGGAUUAUGUCAAAGGCGUUCUUCGUAAACCUAUCGCCUACACCUACGAGUUGCGCGAUAAAGGUCGUUACGGUUUUCUGUUACCGCCUAAUCAGAUUAUUCCGACUGGAGAGGAGACUAUGGACUCUCUCGUAGCGAUGUUUAAAGAAGCAAAGGCACGUGGGCAUCCCAAACCUUGAAUGCCGAUCUAAUUUAUUGUAAAUAUUUUACUAUCUCGAUGUAUUAUAUUUACUACCUCGAUAAUACAUUUUUUUGACAAAG